GCAAUAAUCUUCCCCAUUUUUCUUCCCGACAGCAUAGAAGUAUGCAAUGAGAGCUCUCGAAUGAUUUUUACUCAAAAGGACCACCAAAGGCAGCUUGUUCACCCAGUGUGAGGACUCGUCUCUUCUAGGCCCUUCUUCUGAUAAUGGCAGGAACCGGGGUGGUUUUGCUUGGUGUUCUUAUCUCCUUUGUGGCCUCAUCUGCCGCUGACACGUGUAGUGCUUUCCGCGGUUACCCCGGUGUCCCUGGUAUUCCGGGAGCUCAUGGGCCGAAUGGGAAGGAUGGACAAAAGGGAGAAAGAGGAGAAAAAGGAGACAGUGGACUGAUGCUGAAGGGUCAGAAGGGGGAACCUGGGCUACUGGGACCUCCAGGCAGGGUGGGUCUUCCUGGAGACCCUGGGGUGCCGGGGUUUUCUGGCCCGGUGGGUCCCAAAGGAGAGAAGGGCAUGUCUGUGAAUGCCAUGCCAUUCCAGAGGUCCACUUUCUCCUACAAAUACGCUCUGAGCAGGAUGCCCCGGAAGGACCAGCCGAUUCGAUUUGAACGGGCCAUCGAGAGCACCAUCUCCCUCCAAAACGGUGUGUUCCAAUGCAAGGUCAGGGGUUACUACUAUCUCACAUACCAUGUGACGGGCCGCUCCAAGGUGUGUAUAAACAUCAUGAAGGGCGAAGAGAUAGUGGUGGGCUUCUGCGACUCCACGCAGAGGGGCUUCCUGGUAACAUCCGCCUCGGUGAUACAAGAGCUGAUGGUCGGUGAUGAGGUGUCCAUACAAACAACUGAUGACAAUGCCGUUAUGGGCACAGAUGGAGCUGACAGCAUUUUUACUGGAUUCCUUCUCUUCCCAACCAGUUAAAACAACAAAACAAAUUAUCUAACUGGGAGGGUGGGGGGUGGGGUUAGCUAUCCAACAUGAAUAAAAUGAACUGAAUACUACAUGACUAUUCAUUAUACUCUUGCAGGCCAUAACCUCCAUCGUCUCCUGUCCUUUGAUAACAUCCUUCAUUUGUGCCUUUUCCACUUAGUUCUGCAUUUGUCUUCCCUUUCCAUGAGGAUUUAUGAAAUUAAAAAUGCAUGUAUAGUAAAUUCAUAAUCAUCACUGGCAAUUACUGGUGUUUUUUGUUUUGCUUAAAUUGAGCUUGAAACAAUAAAGAGCACAACUACU